GUGGGUUUGUUUCUCACAAUCUCUAAGUGCUUGUUUGUAUACCCUUUGAUUGUACAAUCCCAAACACAAUUCCGGCUAAAAUUCGAAUAUAUAAAUUCUAGGUUUCCCAUCCGAAUCACUAGAGAUCCUUACUACAUAUUCUCUCUUCGCUCUAUCAAUCAUCAUCACAUCAUCACAUUACUGUAAUAAAUCCACAGUUAUGAAUACUCCAAGUACUCCACAAUCACGCUCUACCGCAGCCGCAACCACAUCCGAAAUUCCCAAACCCAUCACGCCAUCACAAAUUCCCCUCCCCUCAACCCCAAUCUCGACCUCAAAACCAGCCGCCGAUCUCACUCACCCACAAACGCCCAUCCCAAAUUCAAAUUCAACAUCUUCCAUCGAAAAACUCGUACAAGCGGCUCAGAUUUCUCUCCCAGACACACUGACGCCUGUUGCGGCGACUUCUUCUGAUGUUCCUUCCCUAGUCCCAGUACCCAACAGCCCCAACAAAUCCACCCCCCGCCCACGCCCACACUUCCCACCCAAACCCAACAGACAAUCAAUCCUCGCCUCCCCAACCCCCACACCGGACAUUUCCCCUCUAAAACUCUCCUCUACCUCCUCUUCCUCUCUUUCUCAAUGUCUAUCUCGCCAUGCGGAUUAUCGGCACCAUCUAAGUUCGCCUGCUGAAUCUGGCGAUUUGGGGGAGGGGUCUUUGUUGAAGGAGAAGGAUGAGUAGAUGAGGUGCUUAGAUGGAUGAAUGUGGAUGGAUGUAUCUUACUCUUAGGUUCA